AUGUUUGCGCGAUGCCGUUCCUUACGGGGUGCCCCUGCCGUAACGACUUUGGUUGCUGCAUUGACUGUGCUUCUUCUUGUCUUUCCUGCGUCGCCGCUGCGACCGUCUUUUGUUUCGGCGGAAGGGGAAGUGGUGGAGUGGCACUGCCCCCGCUGCCCCAUUUGUGCUGUCCGUGGCACUCCGCUUCUCUUACAGCUGCGUUACUGCGUCCUGACGUCGCUUCCUGCGGCGUUGGUACGGCAAGAGUUUGCGUUUUCAAAGCAGGAGGCACUGCGUCACCGUGUCAUGAAUGAUGUAGAGGAGCUGCUGUUUACACGGGUUGCGGGACAGGAGCACGUGAAGAAGGCCAUUUUAGAGGCGGUGAGGCGGAAGUUGUCUUAUCCGGAGGAUCCACUUGUGUUACACUUUGCCGGAGACAACGGCGUUGGCAAGACGCACACCGCACGCCUGCUGUCUCUUGCCACCUCUUUGCGUUGCGCCCCAUCCCGCCCGAUGUGCGAUGCAGGUGACAACAUGCUUAUAAUCUCCGGCACUGGCUUUGAUGGGAUGCCUAUCGCAGAUGCACGGCUGCGCAUCAUGCAACGCAUAACGGCGCACCAAAAGGCCUACCCGCACGGUAUCGUCUUGCUUGACGACCUGACGGCGAUGCACCCCAAACUUGUGGCUGCCCUUGCACCGCUCCUUGGACGUGCGGAGCGUUUUGAGGAGCAGCCCGAGGGUACCCCAUCCCUCGCCCAGCUGCUUGUUGUGGUGACCACGGACUUUGGGCAGCAGGGACGCACGUGGGGGAAGAGCAUGGCGGAGGUUGAGCAACUUGUUCGUGACGAGUUUUCUGGCCUUUACGGCACACUCGUCUCCGCCUUUACCCGAACGAUGCUCUUUACCGCGUUUUCUAGGCUAGACGCGGAGCAGAUGGUUCGAAUUGCCGUGGCCGCUCUGCCGUGUGCCAAGUACUGGAGCGAUAGUGGUUCGGUCGUGGCGAGCAGCAUUGAUGAUUUGGCGGUUGCCUUUCUUGUGGAGCGGCAUCGUGAGACAUGGGAGGGGAAGGAAAACGGGCAUGCGCUGCGGCGCGCCGUGGAGGACAGUCUAAUCUCGCUUCUGUUGAAGUAUUUUGACAAACACGGCCAAGACACCGUCGUCUGGGCCUAUUUUCGGCUUGAUGAGUUGACGGCGAAAAUUGUUCUUAGCACUGGCUCAGAGUACAACCAGGCGGACGUGAGAAGCGAGGAGUCUUCGGGAAUUACUACGGGGGGUGGAGGGGCUGCCACUCGCCCUGGGGAGGAGGUAGAUGAGGUUGCUGCAAGGGGUAAAGGCCCGUACACUCUUAACGGGGAUUUGUGA